UCCGCAAAAUAUGAAGCAUCCUUGAAAUUGACAAUAGUAGCUGGAAAGCUUCAGUUAUUUUCAACUAACUCUCCUACUAUGUGCUACUGAGCGAAAAAAUUUUUAUCAAGUAUCAAAAAGUUUAAAUUUUUUUAAAAAUUAUGUCAUUUACCUUAUCAUGGCCGGAUUAUAUCGUCAUGGGAAUAGUUUUGGUUAUUUCAAGUGGCAUUGGAAUAUAUUAUCGGUUUACUGGAGGUCGACAAAAGACUGCAGAGGAAUAUUAUUCCGCUAACCGAUCGAUGAGCGUUGGGCCUCUUGCCAUUGCGUUGACAGUUUCAUUUAUGUCAGCAAUUUCUUUUCUUGGAGUUAGUGCUGAAAUUUAUACACGAGGAACACAAUUCACGAUGUGGUAUGCAGGAUUUGCUUUUGGAACUCCAAUUGUAGCAUAUUUUUAUCUUCCAGUUUUUUGGGAACUUCAAACCAAAAGCGUCACUGAGUAUCUGGAAAAACGUUUCGGUCCUACAUGCAGAAGAAUGGCAAGUGUUGCCAAUGCAUUACAACUAAUUUUAUACACUGGAGUAGUUCUAUAUGCACCAUCAUUAGCAUUAGAAGCAACUACAGGUCUUUCGAGAACUUUGAGCAUUCUUUUGAUUGGAAUUAUUUGCACGUUCUAUUCAACAAUUGGCGGUAUUAAAGCUGUCCUAAUUACAGAUGUUUUUCAAGGAAUUCUGAUGUUCGCUGCACUUAUUGGUAUCAUUGGAGUUGCAGUCUAUGAAGUGGAUGGGGGAUUUUUCAAUGUGUGGACAAUUUCAGAUAAAGGUCAAAGAAUUGAAUUUUUUGAUUUUCGGAUUGAUCCUACAAUUCGUCAUAAUUUUUGGGGAUUAACAUUUGGAGGGGCAAUUGUAUGCAUCAGCUUUUAUGGAACAAGUCAAAUUCAAGUACAGCGUUUUUUAACUGUAAAAAGUCUUAAAGAAGCUCGUUUAGCUUUAUUUUUGAAUUGGCCUCUUCUUAUGGGAUUGGGUUUUCUCAUCUCUUUCACAGGCCUAGCCCUUUAUGCUGUUUACAGCAAAUGUGAUCCUGUCUCGUCUGGAGAGAUAGAUUCUUAUGAUAAAAUAAUGCCAUAUUUUGCGGUCGAUAAAAUGUCCAAGUUUCCAGGAUUGAUGGGCCUUUUUAUAGCAGGUAUUUUCAGUGCGAGCUUGAGUACAAUUUCAGCGGUACUAAAUUCAUUGUCUGCUGUGAUUCUUGAGGAUUAUAUAAAACCCUUUUAUAAGAAAAAAGACAAAACAUUAUCAGACGCAAAAGUAACUCUUUUAGGAAAAUUUUUUGCAAUUACGAGUGGCAUGAUUUGCUUGGGAGUGUCUUUUAUAGUGGGAAAUUUUGGAAGUUUAAUUGAAGCAGCAAUUGCUUUCUCAGCCGUAUUUACUGGACCUCUGUUAGGAACAUUCACAUUGGGAAUGUUUACUGAGACAGCAAAUGAAAUUGGCACAUUGAUCGGAUUCCUGUCGUCAAUUUUGUUUAUGUUCUGGAUUAUUUUUGGUGGGCCUGGCUUUCCCUUACCACAGCUUCCAUUUAACAACGAGGAUUGCAAUAUCACGCUAACAAAUAACAGUACUAUUUUAGAUCUAAAACUUGAGAACUCUUCAACAUUUUUCCUAUAUCGCAUCUCGUACAUGUGGUAUGCUCCUCUCGGUACUACGUUGACACUAAUUAUAGGAUGGGUUUUCAGCUUAAUAAUUUAUAAAAUUUCUGCCACUCAAAACAGCUCUACGAAAAUUGAUCCAAAACUGUUCACGCCAUUCGUUGCAAACAGAAUUAGAAAAAGACUAAAUAAAAACAACAAAACAAGUCAAGUGUUUGUAUUAGAAUCAAAUAAUUCUUUACAAAUGACGUAAAAGUAUAAGCGAGUACGAGUAUUAUGUAAAGAAAAUCUUGAGGACAUGCAAAAGUAGUAUUUUCGGAGAUUACCCAUUGUGUAUUUUAAAAAUUGCACAAACCAGAUGAGUUUAAAUUCUAAACAAAAAAGGUUCUAUAUUUAAUAUAUAGCUCAACACUUUUUAAAGAAGUUCCUAACAAGUAUGAAGUUUAAAGUACAUAUGUAUAUAUUUAAGCUGCAUAAGAUAUUCAUAAGCGAUGAAAAUUACGAAAACUUAUAGCUAUUUCUGAAAUUUUCUUCCAUAUUAUUAUUCAAUAAAAUCGUUUCCUAUAAAAGCAAAUUUUCCAGAUAAAUUUACAACAAACUUGAAUUACAGACUUGUUUUUAGUCUUGCAAAAUGUGCUAUCUGGGAAUUAAUGAAGAACUUUUAUAGUUGAGUGUGUGUAUGUGUAUGUUAUUAAUGAUGACGAGGAGGCAGCGAUAUGUUUUUUUGUUAGUAUUAUAUAUUAUAUCAUUACUAUUAAUAAAAGCUUCCACUGCUGUGCGCUAUUUGAAUACACAUUUUAUGUAUGCGUAUAAUACUUUCGCGCUUUAAAAAUUAAAGACAUGUUAAAUGAUUCAGGAAUCAUUUAAUAAUGUCAUUAAUUUCUUUUCAUUAUGAAAUUUUUCUAUAAGUGGAUGAUUGUAUCAAGGUUAAAUUCGUUGAGAGAAUUCCAGAAUAAAAUACAUUAUUUACAAUGCCGGUUUUGAGGAAGGCGGAGGAUAUAAUAUAUUAGUAUUGAUUGCUUGGGAUAGAUAUAUUUGACUGCAAAAUAUUAUAAAAAUGUGGAAUCAUAAUAAAAUACAAUUUUAUUGUAAAUAAUAAAAUUAUUUAUUUAUAAUUGGAUGAAAUCAGCGAAUUGUUUUUCUAACCAGUAUCCAAAAGUUUCAGUAUUACAAUACAUAAUGCGAAAUGAAUCAUCAUUUAUAAUUCGCUGAAUGAAUUUUAGAAUCGCAUAAAUCUUUCAGUCUUUUGACUGGCCGGCUUAAACACACCCUAUACUGCUGGGAUGGGGUCAGUCAAAGGUAAUUAUUUUAAGUCGAAUUUUAGGAAUCACCCGCUGGAAUAAAGCAUGCCAUAUGUUUCUGAAACGAAUAAUUUUGUUGAUUCAUCAUGAAAUGUGUCUGUUUUCAAUUUACUUAAAUUUGUUUUUAAUC